CAGUUGUGACAUUUGCGCGUUGAGAUCUUCUCUUGUAUCAGUUUUACUUUGAGAUUUGGCGAAAUGGCUGCAAUCGUAAAUCACGCAUUCCGCAGAUACGUGCAAACUACUGCCGCCAAGGCAGCGGGCAACGUUAGGGUUGUCGGUCCUUCUGCUGUUUCCGGUGGCCACGAAGGUGGCUACAAAAUCUGGAAGAAAUUGACCUUCUUGGUGGCUUUCCCAUCCAUCGCUUUAUGCGGAGUUAAUGUCUGGUUAGCCCACCAAGCCCAUGGUCAUGAACAGGCUCCCUUCAUCAAAUAUGAUUAUCUGAGAACCCGUACCAAGCGUUUCCCAUGGGGCGACGGCAACAAAUCCCUCUUCCACAACCCCCACACUAAUGCUUUGCCUGACGGUUAUGAACACUAAAUAAUUAAUUGUAUUUAAUAGUAUGAAUAUAGUGUAAACACAUCUUAUUAUAAUAAAUUACAUAACUUUUAAACUAAA